UGAACGCCGCGGAGGGACAGAAAAAAUAGCGGGAAAUGGGUUUGGGCGGACUUCCUCCGAAAACGCCCCCUUCCUCCUCUUAGCGUCUAAGCUUCCCUAUUCGGCCGCUCCAAGCCUCCCACCCGAUCGAGACUCCUGAGGACGGAAAAACAGAGGAAAAACUGGGGAAAAACAUUGAAAAAAUCAACGAUAACAAACGAAAGACAGAAAAAAAUUGAAAGUUUUAAGGUGUGAACCUGUUAUCUUUGCUGGUAGAAAAAGGGCAAUUGCAGUCUCUGAUCUCAGCUGGAGAAAAUGCCUGGAUAUUAUGAUAUUGAUGACAUCAUUAUGGAGGAAGAGCCCAUUUCGGUUGUUUUUCAAGUUGGAGCACAUGGUGUUGGCCUGCUAGAUCCUGGUUCAGAAACAAACAAUGUUGAAAAUGGUGCAAAAGUAGACCUGCCCUUUUGGCUUGCUCAUGAGUUGUACUUGAGGCAAGCAGUAUCAAUCAGUGUUCCUGCCUGUUUUAGCCAGAAAACCAGGAAGGAAAUCCAGGCUGAUGCGGCAUGUGUGGAUUUGAGGAUUCGUUGCCCCUACUUUUAUGAAUUGGGAUGCAAGAUUGUCCCCUGUAAGGUUAGUGACAAAAGUAUCGGAUCCUUCCUUCAUUAUGCAUUCACUGGUAGAUACAAGGAGAUAUUGAGCAAGUCACAUAGUGCUUCUGUUGUAACGGUUCCCAAAUUCUCGACCCGUCUUACAAAGGAAGAAUCCCAAUUGUUUGAAGCUGCUCGGUCUUCAAUGUUAGCAUUCAAGAAAUGGCGGCUAGGUGGAUCAAGAUUAGAGAAGGCAUCCAUUCUUGGUAGGAAAAGGAAGACAACCAUACCAGCUUGCCCAUCAACUCCAUGACUAAGUUUGUCAAGUUUGACAAACUGACAGUUCCCCUGGCUGCUGUUUCCUGGAAAGGUUCCUCAUUCUUGAAUCAUGAGAGCAAACGGUGAACUUCCAGUGGUAGUUGCAAUACAAAGAAGUUUAAAGUGGCUUAUUGUGGUUUCUACAUGAAGUAGCAACAUAUGUUACUCAAAGACAACCCAAGUAAGUUUUUCUUUGAUAUGCUGGUUAAAAUUUACCAGUAACAGACAACAAGAACUUAAAUACUACUGUGGCCCCAGCAUAUUUUUGUGUAAAAAUGUGAAGCCAUUUUUUUUGUGAUGAAUA